AUGGUUUUGGAUUUCAAAGUUGUAGCGUCUACUGAUGGCGACUAUCCCUUCAACAAGGAUCAAAUACAUAAAUUAAUUGAAGAUGCCACCCCAGCCAACUUGGUAGAAUCAAUACUUCACAAGCUUAAAGCUACCAGUUCGAAGCACAAAUUCAUAGUCACUGCCACAAAAAUUACUAGCCAGGAGCUGGUGGGCUCUGUAAGCUGUCAGACGGGCACCCUUUGGAAUGAGAAGAAGGACGGAUAUGUGACUUUACAAAUAAAGGAGAGGGAAGAGAAAAGUGGGAAGGAGGAGACUGAAAAAGAGGAGACCGAAGAAGAGAAAGGUACAAUUAAGCAAAGCGAUAGUGUGGAGAAUAAAGAAGGUGUGGAAAAUGAAGAAAAUGUGCACGAAGAGAUCGAUAAACAGGUCGUGGAUGUUUUGGAAGAAUACCAGCAACAAUCACCCAAGGCUACUGAUGAUACCCUCGAAGUAAAAGAACCCGUUCCUGAAACGCUGGAAGUAAAGGAGCUCGGAAACACCGAUAAGCUUUACAAUGAUGCUACUAAGGAACAUAUUGGUGAGGUUUCAUCGGAACUUAUUCCCAAUGUUUCAAGUGAACCGAUUGAAGUUGGUUCUGAUGAACCCAUUCAUGCUAAGGUUCCUGAUGCUGAUAUAGACGAAGCUGUGGGAUCAAUUCCCACCACUGACGCAAAUCCUCCAGACCUGUCUGCACACGAAGAACCAGUUAUGUUGGCAGCGGUUGACCCUGAGGAGGCAGAGAAGAUCAUGAGAGAAAGAGACUCGGGAUUGGUUUCAGACGAAACAAAAGUUUCGCUCGAAGAACCAAUAGCACAGUCAACUCCUGGAUCGGACUCUACAGCAGCGGACACAACGGAAAAGAGAGUGUUUGAACCACUGGAAGUACCCAUUGAUGAGCACGAAGAAAGCACAGUACAGCCACAAGCUAUUGAGCAGGAAGACAAUUCAGAACAUGUUGAAGACGUACCGCCUGAAGCUGAACAUGAAGACGAAAAGGUUGAUUCCAUUAAAGCCGAACCGGUCUCAAAACAACCAAAGGUCGCAACUACAUACAUGGUGACCAUUUACUGGGUAUAUGUUCAUUAA